CUUCUAACAAGGAAGUUUCACACCAAUUUAAAGUUUAAACUUUUGCGUAGUAUUACCGUUUACUUUGACAUAACUUUGAAAGACUUAAGGAUGUAUACUAAUAACAGAAGUACAGUUUUGACAUACAGUGAAUUUGGAGGUGCAAGUGGUGAAGCUGAUCUCACUUUGAUUUUAGAUGACAGUCGAAUACCAAUAUCGAAAUCUGUGUUGUGCAUUGCAUCUCUUGUCUUUAAGGCUAUGUUGAAAUCAGGCUUUAAAGAAACUGACCAGAAAGAAUUAAAAUUACCUGGAAAAAAGAGUCAGAACUUUGUUCAGUUUCUUUACUGCAUUUACCCUGAUAAAAUGGAUGUUGUGACAGAACACUCAGUGCAUAAGAUUCUGCCGCUUGCGGAUGAGUACCGUGUGCAACGAUUGUUGUGUAGGUGUAAGGAGAUUCUCCUCCAAGUUAUAAAACAGCACCACAGGAAAGGAAAUGUAAAAGAAAUAUACAGUAAUAUCGCUUUUGCUGAAAAGUACAAUCUUACAGAGAUGAAGAAGAAAUUGGUUUACUUAGCAUCUGAAUACAAACUUGAAGAUCUUAAUGAACAGUGGAAAAAGAGAUUAUUUCGGAAGAUAUCCAAAACCAAGUAUAAGACCUUUCGCUGAAGAGAUAUGAACUAAACAGGGAAGAUGAUAGAUAUUUUUGUCAGGGGAAAAAUAUGAAAUCGUACUGUUUAGCUUCGAAAGACGAAACAAGUUAUAAUUCACCAACAAAACCACACCCUGACCUUACUGCAAUUAGGUUGUUGCACAGGUAUUGUCCAGGGGACGAUGACCUCCGAACACGGACAAAAGAUCUUGUAAGGCAUGCAUAUCACUUCAGAAAUAAAUCUGAUUGUAAAAGAAAAAUAGAUUUGCUAACAGAGGCUGUUAAAGACAUGAUGAUCAUUGAUUGACACGAAGAAAAUAUUUCUUUUUAAAACAAUUCAAAGUUACACUAGUAUCCAGGCGCCUAAAUUAAGUUUGUCUUACCUUGAAAACAGGUAGCAGCCUCCCAAACAUGAUUAUACAUGACUAUACUAUAUACAGUUGUAUGGUUAUUAAAGAAUUUGUGACAAUAAUAGUAAAGGGUAAUUAAUAUUCCUAAUAUUAAACGUUUUGUAUUUUGUAGUAAGGUUUAAUGAUGCUAAAAGUUGUCGAUGAUGAAGAUAGCAACUUCAACUUAUUGAAGGAUACUCGUUGCCUCAAUGAUGUUUUGGGAUUAAGAUAUGACUGAUGAAACAUAGACUUAGAGAAAAAGUGUGUAAAGCUUUUUAACAGUUAGACAUUAAGAGUGUUUCAUAAUUUGCUACUCUGACUGUGUUUGAAAACAUGUUCUUAUAAAUAGAUAUAAGAUCACAUUUGCAUAUACCUCACAAAUUAUAAUGUGCGCCACAUCCUAUUUUUAGCUUAAACAUGUUCUCCAUAAUAAAUUCUGGCUAGAAAACAAAAUAUUCCCUGGUACCCUUUUGAUAUUUCAACAAUCCCUGUUGACAAGCACCAUAUACAACAACUAUAUUCUUUAACAUGCUUAAUAUUUCCUAUCUGAAAGACAAAUUUUACGAAUGUAGAAGCCUUUCUAUCUGAACUAUGUACACUUGUCUAUCAGCAGAAAUAUAACUACAAUGUUCUUUGUAUGGUUGUAAUUAACCAUGCGUUUAAUACGUUGGACAACAGCAUGAUAAAAUGCCAUCUAAACUAGUAAUGUUUUCCCAAUUUUCCACCAGCUCCGUAACAGGAAUCUUUAAUGUCGGUGUUACCUUACGAGAACCAGAUAUAGUUACAAGUCAAAAGUUUUUCCGCCGCCAGAAAUGUAUAUUCAGAUCGGUCAUAAUGAAUGUCCUUUUUUAUUGUGAGCAAUAUUUUGUGAGCUAAUGAUCUCAAAAACAUUUUGGGUCAUCUACAGGUCAUGGCAAUCUAAAUAUAUAAAACUAUAUCCUAAAAAAUCUAAUAUCUAUAGUUUAUGCAAACUAACCACACUUUCCUAACCAGAAGCCUAACAGAAGUAAUGUAAACACAUUUCUAUUUACUCAACAAACUUUACAUAUCUCUAUAUAUCAAAGGUUAUCAUCUCACUGAACAGCUGGUUAUUUGUUUACAUGUUAUGUACGCAGAUAUUGAUGAGGUCAUACACAUAAACCUGUUUUUACAAUAUCUGUCUUUAAAAACAUAAUUCCACAAAUCUCCGAUGAUCGUGGUAAUCCUUCAUUACCACCAAAUUAUAUAAUUCUUGUCUCCAAGUCAAAUUUACCACAUGAAAGACGAAAAUUGUAGAAAUAAAAAUGUAAACAAAAGGAUCGUGUGAAUUAGGUCACGGUCAUCCGAAAGGGUCGUAGCUUACGGUGUGUUACGAAGAUGGCCGAAACUUGACACGUGACCCAAGUUUUUUUCUUAUCUUUUUUUUUGAAAAAUAAUAAAAUAUAUAAAUAUAAAUAGAACAUUUUAUCAUUUAAAUAAAGUAUAAGUGCAUCACACAUCUACGAAUAAAAAAAGGUCUGUACAGGAUCGAAAACCUGUCACGUGACUUGCUCCAUGUCCCACCCGGGAAAAAAUUUUAGCAUACCAAUAAACCCACUGCCUCAUGGCGGCGGGUAAUAAAUCAUACUAUAGUGUCUAUGGGAGGUACAUGUAGUAAGAACUAUUUAAAAAAGUUGAGGUACGGCCAAAAUGUAUUUUUCUUGUGUAAAAUUAUAGAGUAUGGAUUUUAAAAAAAAAGAUCUGGAAGUUUUUAGGAAAGUUUACUAACCAAGGAAAUGUUGCUUUUCUUCUGAAAGAUUUAUAGUAAUAUGUCAAAAAAUAAAGCCAAGAUUUACAAUCAAAUAAUAUGAUAAACCAUUGGUGUCCAAAUGUCAAAAAUGACUAAAAUACCAUACCAAAACCAUUUCAAAAUUGAUCAAGAUAUUUAGAAGAUUUAAGAGUUCCUUUAGCUCCCUUGGAGUUCUUUAGAAUGAUGUUUAAUACGCAAGUUGUUGUCGUUUUUUAAAGAGAAAACAGUGGACCAAACAGUAGAUUAACCCCUUAUUUUGGUAAGAGUUUCGUUCCUUUUAUGAUUUAUUUGAAUAUAUGGACAAAGUGUUAGUAGUAAUUUCACGAAGUAUUUGUUCAUUGAUAUAAAAUUGUUAUACUGUUUCUGGUUGUAUUUAUUUAUGCAGAAAAUUUCAACAGAACUUUUCGAUGCAAGGCUUCUCUGUUUAGGCUACAUUUUAGGCUACGUUGCCGUAUAAAAGCAUAAAUGAUUGGCAGUAUAUGUCGAAAAACGUUAAUUGCUUUUUUGGGUAUCAUUCGGAGUUUAUUUGUUAUGGGGGAUUGUAAAUGUUAUGGAUAUGCGCGUAUCCAACCACAGUUGUUGGUUCAAAAUCCUUCGUACAGGCCUCUUGCCUAGUUUUCGUAUGUUUCUGACUCAAUUAUUUAACAUUUUAUUUUGUAAUUCAGCUGGUUUUAGAAUCUGUAUUAAUUCUAUAACUCUUUCAAAGAAUAUUUAAAAAUGAGACUCAUUUAAAGAAAAAUUCCACUUCGACAGACAAAGGAGAAAGAUUUUACCAGUAAAAACCAACAUUUCUGACGCAAAAAAAGAAAACAUUUCCGGUCCGUGAGGGCGUUCUUCAGCUGCUAUAAAACAUUUCCAUAUAUAUAUAGGACUGAUCUCAUGAACAGUACUUUUCAUUGAUAUCAGUAUAUGAUUUCUUAGGUUAUAUAUUGUCUAGGUUGAUAAUGAUCUUGUUAUAACAGAAGUAUGUACUGCAAUUAUUGUCUGUUUAUAAUGUUUGUAUUAAUUGUUUUCUUGCCUUAUGUUAAGUUAAUUCUGCACGUUCGGAUCAAUAACAAUUCUACAAUGUAGAAUUUGAUUAAACCCUGAUGUUUCAAAUCUUCAGAGUAUACUUAUGAAAUUCCUCAGAUAAAAACGAUAUGGUCGUACGCUUGAAAUUCUACUUCGACUGAUUUCAAAAAUUUGGACUUCACACAAGUUUUCAUAAUGGGAGUCUUUGUGAAAAUCACAAUUUUGUUAACAUUUUCGCGAAUAGAAUUUCUUCUGCAAUGUAGAUUUUAAUGAAACUUCUCACAGUCGUAAAUACCAUAUGGCCUAAAGUAAGGUGAAAUAAAAUGUAUAGGUCCGUGUGAUAGUUUUUGAGAUAUCUGCUCAAGAUUAAAUCAAUCUGCACAAUUCAAGCUGAUUUUAAGACAUUAUUGAAAAUAAUUUAACGUGCAAGACGUUUUAAUAACAUAUUUAGUCUUAAGAUAGACAGUAACGUUGUUGUAUUAAUAAAUUUACUCACGGAUUUCCUUUAAUUCAUAAAAUGAUUUUCGUUUCCGUAUACUGAGUCCAGGAUUCAUUCCACGUUUUUCGGAUAAGGACGUUACGCCAUUCCUGUUUAUCAAACGUGCAGAACUACCUUAAUAUUCACAAUAAUUUAUGACAAGUCAGUAUUAUAAUUAUUAGCUUGUAAUGAGGUAUUACGGUUUGUAAUAACUUUGGAAUAAACUGAUAAUUAAAGUGAAAAUUCCCAGUUCAUUUCAGCUCUUCAGCUGACGUGAAUAUUUUACGUGAUAGUAAAGACAAAGACACAGCAAGGGGUAAGUUCGCAACUGAUUAUUGUACUUCAGCGACGUAACUAUCCGUACACUUUUUAUACGCCCUUUUGGACUAAAUGGGCAUGUAGACGGGCGGGCGGCGCCGCGAGUUGAAAAAUCGUGUCAGCUCAAUGACUUUAGUCUUUUGUAUCGGAACUAAACGAAACCUAUGCAAAUUGUGUAUCCCCAUAAAAUCUAGGCCUAGCUCGGUAUGGCCCUUGAACUGGUCAAAUUUGCAAAAAUUGACAAUGUCCGCUCGAUAUCCAGAGUAGUGCUUCUUUGAUGUCAACCAUACCUAUACAGAAGGGGCCUCCGUGGCCGAGUGGUUAAGGUCACUGACUUCAAAUCACUUGCCCCUCAUCGAUGUGGGUUCGAGCCUCACUUGGGGCGUUGAAUUCUUCACGUGAGGAAGCCAUCCAGCUGGCUUACGGAAGGUCGGUGGUUCUACCCAGGUGCCCGCUCCUGAUGAAAUAAUGCACGGAGGGGCACCUGGGGUCUUCCUCCACCGUCAAAGCUGGAAAGUCGCCAUAUGACCUAAAAUGUGUCGGUGCGACGUUAAACCCAAAACAAAAAAAAACAAAAAAUACCUAUACAGAAGAUAUAUUACUAUAAAAUCUAGACCAAGUUCGAUAACCAGCCAAUUCGGAGUUGUGGUCCUUGAAUUGAUCAAAAUUGCCAAAUUUUUAUAGAGACCACUCUAUACCUUGAGUAAUUAUUCGUUGAUGUCAACCAUGUCUAUACAGAAGAUGUAUCACUAUAAAAUCUAGGCCAAGUUCGAUACCCA